GGAAUAUCUUUGAAAAUUUUGCAGACUGACUUAUCCGGCAUGUAGUGCUUUGGGAAUUUUGUUUAUGUUGUUUGUUAACUAAAUUUUAGAAGUUUGUCAUUAAGAAUAAAUACGAUCAGUUUGUAGCUUUGUUUUUAUUAGAGUUCCCUUUCAACGCCAACCAUGUCAAAAAAGAAGAUGGGGUCGAAUAUUGCCGACCUAGUUGGUGAAGAAGUACGAAUAGCUGUUAAUUUGAGAUUGAAGAAAUUCUUGAAAUCCGAAGAUUGCAAAGAAUUUGAAUUUCCAUCAUCAUUAACACGUAUUGAAAGGGCAUACAUACAUAUGCUUGCAAGGGACAUAGGUCUUCGAUCCAAGAGCAGAGGGAAAGGUGCAAACCGGUAUCUGACAGUGUACAAAAGGGAAGGCUCCAGCAUAGUCCAGGCUGAUGCUGUUUUUCAGUUAGGAAGAGCCUCUCGACAGCAUAUCUUCAUGGUGUUGCACAAAUAUCCUCUCACUAACAAGGAAAGGCAUGAGUUGCUGCCACUGACAGAGAGAGAUCGCUUGACAACUGAAGUGAAGGAUGUCAACAAAACAAUGGGUCGGCUCAACAAUGCCAUACCACAAGUACCUCCAUAUUCCGUCAACCAAGAAUUGCUGCCUUAUAGGAAGCAGCUCCCAAUAUGGAACAUGAGGGAGGAAAUUUUGCAAGUUGUGAAUAAUAAUCAGGUUGUUAUAAUUGCAGGAGAAACUGGCUCUGGAAAGACCACACAGGUUCCACAGUUCAUUCUAGAAAAUGGACAUCUGACAGGAAAAGCAUGUCGCAUUAUAUGCACACAGCCACGUCGAUUGUCUGUAGUGUCAGUUGCUGAGAGAGUGGCUGCAGAGCGUGAUGAGAAGAUUGGGGAGGCUAUUGGAUAUCAGAUUCGCCUAGAAAGCAGAUUGGGACCAAAAACUGUGUUGACAUAUUGUACUGAUGGUGUGUUGUUGCGCACAUUGAUGGGCACGGAUUCAACGCUAGCCACAGUAACACACAUUUUAGUUGAUGAGGUCCAUGAACGGAGCCGCUUCACAGACUUUCUGCUCAUUGUUCUUCGUGAUGCUCUGUGCAAGUUUCGCUCUCUUCGUCUUAUACUUAUGUCAGCCACCCUCGAUACACAAAUAUUCACCAAAUACUUCAACAAUUGCCCAAUUGUUACAGUGCCUGGCCGCUUGUAUGAAGUAAAAGAGUAUUAUCUGGAGCAUAUACUAAAACAGACAAAAUACAUGACUAAAAAAAUGAUGCAAAGUAAGAAAGAGCUUGAGAAAAAAAAGGACCAGAGUAUGAAGUUGGAAAAAUGGACAAAAUCUGCUAUGGAUCCUACACUGAAGGAACAAAUUAAUAAGAGUGAGAGGAGAGCCAUUCUUGCUCCAAUCCUUGGACAACAGACAGAGCCACUCCCAGAAAAGACUGAAUUAGAAAAAUGGUUAAUCGAAGAGAUGGAUCGCUGUAUUUUGGAAGCUUGGCUGUAUGGCACAGAGGAUUCAUUCACACAGCUUCUCCACUUAAUGCUAUCUGAAAACGUCUCAGUAGAUUAUCAGCAUUCUGAAACAGGAGUGAGUCCACUGAUGGUGGCUGCAGGUCGUGGUUGUCUUAAUACAGCAGAACAGUUGCUCAGCCUUGGAGCGAAUGUUUGCUUGCGCUCAUCUAAUGAUUGGACAGCUUUAGAUUGGGCACACAAUCUUAACCAGCCAGCAAUGGUCGAAUUGCUGGAGGCUUACAUGAAUGCAGAAAUGGUUGUUGCCGAACCUUUGCCUGGAUUGACAGAAGUAGUGAGUGAAGAAGAUAGAAAACUGCUGGAGAUCUAUCACCAUAGCUUCAAUGAUGAAAAUAUUGAUAUGGAUCUUCUGAUGAAACUGCUUAUUGACAUACAUUCAUCAGGAACUAAGGGUGCCAUUCUCAUUUUUCUUGCUGGGUAUGAUGAUAUAGUUUGCCUCCGAGAGAAGAUAAAUUUUGAAGAAAAACAUCUCAAUGAAGCUGGCAAAUAUAAUCUUUACACUCUCCACUCAAAUAUGCAGACAAGUGACCAGAAGCGUGUAUUCAGGCCAUCUCCACCCGGUGUUAGGAAGAUCAUUCUAUCUACUAAUAUUGCUGAGACCAGUAUUACGAUAGAUGAUGUGGUAUUUGUUAUUGAUUCAGGGAAAGUUAAAGAGAAAUCAUUUGAUGCACUUUCCGGAGUAUGCUUAUUGCGACCUAUGUGGAUAUCAAAGUCAUGUGCAAAGCAGCGUGCUGGUCGAGCUGGACGAACACAGCCUGGAGUGUGUUACCAUCUUUUUUCUAGUGAGAGGUAUCAAAGACUGCAAGCUUAUCAAACACCAGAGAUCCUAAGAAUGCCAUUGCAGGAACUGUGUCUACAUACAAAGCUGUUGGCACCUGCCAAUACACCAAUUGCAGACUUCCUUGCUCGUGCACUUGAACCUCCUUCAUUUGUUGUCACAAGAAAUGCUGUCCAACUUCUUAAGACGAUUGAUGCACUAGAUGCUUGGGAGGAUCUUACAGAAUUAGGGCAUCAUCUCCUUGACAUUCCAGUAGAUCCUCGCCUGGGAAAAAUGUUGCUCUACUCUGUUGUGCUUAAGUGUCUAGAUCCAGUUCUUACUAUUGUCUGCUGCCUGGCACACAGGGAUCCAUUUGUUCUCCCUACACAGCCUUCAAUGAAACGUGCUGCAUCUGCAGCAAGAAAAAAAUUUGCCGCUGGAACAUAUAGUGACCACAUGGCACUUCUUCGAGCUUUCCAGGCAUGGCAGCAUGCAAGAGCAAAUGGCUGGGAAAAGUCAUUUUGUGAGAAACAUUUUGUGUCAGCUGCAACUAUGGAAAUGGUGGUUGGUUUGCGAACACAGUUGUUAGGCCAGUUAAGAGCUUCUGGCUUUGUGCGUGCACGUGGAGGUGGAGACAUUCGUGACCUGAACUCCAACUCGGAGAACUGGGCAGUGGUGAAGGCAGCUCUGUGUGCUGGUGUAUAUCCAAAUUUAAUUCGUGUUGACAGAGAACAUACACAGAUGCGGACACAGAAGGAGUUCUGUGUGAUGUUUCAUCCAUCAUCAGUGUUACGUGAAUGUCCGAAGAGCCCAAGAACAUCUGUAGCAGCUUCACAUACAGCAACAGUGGAGGCACUUCCAUCAGAUUGGCUUUUGUAUGAAGAAAUAAGUCGUACAGGCAGAUACUGUCAUGUUCGCUGUUGCACACUUGUGACACCUGUAACUGUUGUAUUGUUUGCUGGACCUGCUCGUAUGCCACUUGAUGCCAUAUCUGAAGUUGAAGGAGCAGUGAGGGGAGAUGCAGUAUUGGGAGGUGCAGCUGAUAGUGACAGUGAAGCAGAAGACAGGCCAGAAGGCCAGAAUACAACUUUGAAAUUAGAUGACUGGGUAGUAUUCCGUAUUGAUGCAGAAACUGCUCAUCUUGCUCUUCAACUCAGACAGAAAUGGCAUUCUCUUUUCUUGCGUCGAAUGCGAGCACCAGCCAAGCCAUGGUCACAGGUUGAUGAAUUUGUCGUGAAGACCGUUGUUGGGGUGCUGACAGCAGAGGAAGCUGCACUUGGCCUGCAGCAACCAAAUGGAAUCGGGCAAAGGCCAAGGCCAGUCAGCAACGAUUUCUGUCUCUCAGGAGAGCGCUUGGACUCAUUGAGUGCUAAACAUGUGGGAAGUGGCAGUGCUUCACCGACUCCUUCACACGGUAGUGGAGGAGCAGGGAACAGUGUUGGUGCAUGCAACAGUGGAAGCACAGAGCCAACAUUGCUUAUACCUUUAACGAAAACACAUAUUUCGUCUGCUUCGCAUGAUGAACCUACAGGUGACACACGAUAUUUCAUCAUUAAAGCUGGCAGUCUGAAGACUGUUGAUGCUUCCAUCAGCCGCGGUGCAUGGGCUUUUACGCCAGCCACUGAGCGGAAAGUUACACGCAUACUAAAGGAGGGCAAGCGUGUCAUUCUGGUGUUCAGCGUCCAGGGGAGUGGUCAUUUUCAAGGGUAUGCACGAUUGUUGGGUACAAGACCUGUUGAUCCACCUCGAACAGGAGCCCCUGCAGAUCCCUCUGGUGACUGUCAGCCACUACCAGAGAUUCAUGAACUUGGUGGCCCCAAUAUGGGGCAGCCAUUGCCUGUUGAAUGGCUGAAGAGAGCUAAUGUGCCAUUCCAGGCAACCAGGCACCUGCUCAACCCUUUCAAUGAAAACCGGCGGGUGCAGACUAGUCGUGAUGGACAGGAGAUAGAACCCACAGUUGGGGAAGAACUCUGUAACCUUUGGGACCGAAUACCGCCAUUCAUCCAUAAGUCAAUGCUUUCAGCUCGCCAGCAACUCCCUCAUCAGCAACAAGGACAGCAUCAACAACCACAUCAUCAGCAGCAACAGCAUCAGCAGCAGCAGCAACAACAACAACAACAACAACAACAACAGCAGCAGCAGUUACAACAAGGAUCUAGUUCUACAAUUCUUGGCAAAAGUUUCCAUCAUGGUCGUCCCAUCCGUGGAAAUUUUUCUUAUGGUGGAUAUAGUCGUGGAACAGGCUUCCAUUAUUACAGUCCUCGAGGGGGACACCAUAACAAAUGAAAGACUGUAAUGCCAUUUUAUUUUAUUUAUUUUUUUUUUUUUUUCAAAGUCAGGCAAGUAUAAUAUAUAGUUUAAAAUGGACACAGAUGUUCUUGAUUCUUUUAUGUCACUGCUGGUGCUCUGUAGUAAAGCGAAGUGGGUGUCAUCAGCAUUUACCAUAACUUUGCAUUGCAGGCAGAGUUGAUAGUGUUCUUGGAUGUUUGUAAUGAGAUGAUAAUUCUGUGUCUCUCUUUCUUCGUGCCUUAUGAAGUGUGGUGUUGUCAAUAUGCGACAUAAAACCUAUUGUUAGAUGAAACAAUCUUUGAUGUGUUCCUAUAUUCCCCAUCUGUGUUUUUAGUCGUGUGAUGCUUCUCUUCAUUUUGCUUUGCAUUAUUUCUGUUGCUAAAGUGACUUUUUAUUUGAAAUUUGUUGUUCAUUUUAUACAAAGGAGCAAAUUGAACAAACAAGUCAUCUGCACUUAGGUUUUUGGCAAUAUUAACCUAAUCCCACGACUGCUCAUUUUACUCGAAAGUGAUUUAUUUUAUGUUCAUCUUCACUGUAUCAGUUUGCUUUUUAUUUAUUUGCAUUUGUAAAAUAGCGUUAUUCAUUGUGGUUUUAAAGCAAAAUGUAGAGGAAAAGCUUUCCUUUAUUGUUGGGAACAUUUAUUUUUUCUUUUUUAGUGCCAAGUGCUGCCUAAACAGUCAUGACUGAUAGCCAGUUUGUUUUAUUUUGUGUAUUAAUGGCUACUAUUUACAUUCAAUGUAAAGAUAUUAAAAUACCCCACAUAACAAAAACAUGAAUUUUAAUGCAGGAAGAUUUUGAUCAAGAUCUUUAUAAUACAGGGUAUCCUGUUAACAUUACAUACUGAUCAUUUUUGUGCACAGUUAAUGAUUAUAGGGUGAUCGUUUGUAGUUACGUAAAUAUUACUAUUCCAUUAUAACAUAUGAUACUUGUGACUUAAAACAGGUAUUUCCUUGGACAAGAUUUUUAUGUUGCUGUGCCAGUGAGGGACUGUAUAAUUAAUGUAAUUUGUUAUUAAUACCAAAGGCCACAGUUUUUAAAUAGUUCGCAUUGUUUCUUUCCCAAAUAAUUCUUACACUUCCCUGUCCAUGCAAGACUAAACUGAGUGAGAUUUUACAAUCUGAUUUUAAGACGUUGAAUGAAAGUGUCUGUAAAUGUAGAAUAUUCAUGACAUUAUCAUUUGCUUACUGUUUCAGUCAAAUAUACUAAUGGUUGAAGUAAAAUCAUAAGUGAAGAACAUAAAAAAAAUAAUUACUCUCAAAUCUGGAAAGAAUCACAACUGCCAUUUCAGAACAGAAAUAAGAGUUAUUUAAUAUUACAGUUUGAGAUGUUUGUAUGUGUGUUUUGUUAGACAGAGGUGGAAACAAUUUAACCAGCAGAUUCAGGGCAUGAGUUACAACACUGUUCCAACUCUAACUUAUUCUUGACUAAAAUGUUGGUUUCAUCAUUGUCUGGGUGAACAAUUCAGAUGUAAAGAUGUGAAUCAGUAUUCCACUUACAAACAAAUUGUCAUUAUUUUUGACCUCUGUUUCUGGAGGAUGUGAGUGGCAUAUGACAUAAAAUCCAUGUGUAGUAGGAACAUUUAUCCAUACAGUAACUGUUUGUCAUUUGCACCAUCAUUGUAAACUGAUAUAAUCUAAUCUGAAUAGUUUCCAUGCCUCAUUUAACUCAUAUUCUCAUACAUAUAACACUCACAGCUUGAUGAAAAUUUACAAUCCAAAUUUUACUUCUGUUAUCAGAUAAGACGCAUGUGUUCUAUCCUGAUUUUUAAUGGAACAUGCAAACUACAAGAUUUGAAACUACAGUUUGGUGUCAGGAAAACUGUGACUUUUUGCAUGAGUGUGUUGCAAAUAAUGCAAUGUUAAGGAAGUGACAGAGAGGAAGCUCUUAAGAUGUGUUUUAUUUAUGUAAAACACAGUUAAAUGGUACAAAUAUGCAGUAUUAUUAUUGUUAUAUCAUUUAUUUUGAGGUAUGACCUCCGUUCUUCCUUAGGUAGUGAUACUGAUAACCCUUUUGAAAUGCAAUAACAAUGGUAAUAUUAAUGAAGUUGUUAUCUACUAAAUGUUGAUCUUAAUUACUCUAAUAUUAUUUCAAGUCACUACAUGUGAUUUAAUAUGAUUUGUUUACUUUCACAUUCAUCAUUGCAUUGUAUUGGAAAUAUUCACCUAACAUGAAAUAAAAAUUUUAUUACCUCUGUUGUCUUUAUUUGAUGUUUGGAAUUUGUUUUACAUUGCAGUAAUUCAUUUUAUUUGAGAUUAUAAAUACGUGGAAAUUUGUAUUUUACAGAUUUUUUAAUAAAUAUAAUCAAAGAGCUGAAAUGAACUAGAAACACUUCCACAUAUUUGUUGCCUCCCCCAUCAGUUACCUAUCCUACUGCACCUGUAGAACAUUUUGAUUGAUUUCAGCAGGUUUGUAGCACUGUUAUAGUUACAUAAUUCUAGUGUUAUUAGAUGAAAAAGUGUUGAAUUAGGUACUUCAUUGAAAGGUAAGGAAGUGGUGGCUUUGUGUGGAGUCUUAUGUAAGGAUGUGGACUGUCUUCCUGUUGAGAAGUGCAAGUUUUAGACACAUCUAUCUAACAUACUAGAAAUUUAUCAAUUAGUGAUAUAUAUGCUAUAACAUAAGUGAAUGACUUCGUAAAAAGAGUGGAAAUUUUAGGAGAGUGUACUGCCAGCCACAAAUGGUCUGUGGGGCAUUUAUAAAGUACUUACUCCAUUUUUAUUUAAUUGUUUUUAUCGCCCUUGAAGAUACUGUACUGACCUCACUGCUUGCCUCUAGUAACAGUGUUGUAUCUUUUUUUCAUCUAAUUAUCUUUCACCCAAGCUGCUGCAAGAUCUCUCAGGGUUUCACCACCUUUCAUUUCUAGGUUGACUCAAGGAGACAUGUUCUCUUGGACCUUCCCAUUGUCAUUGAUUUGGCUCAAAGAUUUUAAAAUGUGUGAGCUCUUCAUGCUCUGAUCUUCUGGGUGGUGUUCAGUUCUUAGUUUUUCCCCCUUCUCCAGCACCAGUAUCUUACAGUGAACCAAAGAUGUUCAGAAUGAUUUUCUACUAUGAAAUUGAUGGAUUUUGGUCAUAUGUAUUUGUGGUCUCAACUCCAUAUUGCACACUGGAGUUAACUAUUGUGUUAUAAACUUUAAUUUUAUUGUAUGCAGUUAGUGCAUGACAUAGGAAUCAUUUCAUGAUUUUGAGUGCAUUAAUAAUUAUUUGUUUUAUUUUAAGCUUCAAGUUGUUGAAGCAGAUGCACAAGUAUCUAAAGCUUGCUACACAUCAGUGUGCCCUGUAGGAUUCUGUAGCAUUUAUCAGAAAAUCAUACUCACUUCCGUCCACUGAACAUUGAUUUUCAUGCCAGGUUUUGUGAUGUAUACAUUAGAUUUCUAAUUGU